GGAAAUAGGUUUAAUUUAAUUUUGAUAAUCAUUAAUUAGAUUAAAUAUUGUGAAUAACAAUGUAAAUGGGAAACAAAGUUUUUGUUUUUACAUAACAAGAUUUCUAAAAAUGUUUUGUUGUCAACUUAAACCCUCCUCUAGGCUAAGGACAUGAUGCAAGAGUCUAUUUGGCUAUGCAUAAGAAGACAGGUGAAAUGUUUGCAUUAAAAGUACUAACUAAUCUGUCGCAGGAUCAUAUCAUAAAUCUCUAGGUUUUUUUACAUUUUAUUUAGCGAACGAAAUACAAAUACUUAAGCGCAUUGAUAAUCCAGGAACAGUUUUACUGAAGGGACAUUCGGAAGAUUAUACUUGUGUUCUAUUGGAGU